AUGCAACUGAUUGUAUGCCUUUUCAUCACUGCACUUGUGCUGGGAGCGUAUGCUCAAUCCGAUGAGGAGACAUCCAGCGGAACAUUGGAGACCACACAGUUACCAACGGCUACGGGCGCAGACUAUGCCACCUCCGGAACAACAUACGCAGAUGAGUCGAGGACGAUAACCAUCACGGCGAGCACCGACUAUGCCACCGUCACAGACAUUUCUAGCAUCUUUGCGACCGAUAACGGGACCGCAUCAUCAACGACCAGGUCGGGUAACGGUACGACCACGUCAAGUCCAACCGAGACUAUAUUGGUUGGCAGUGCAAAGACGACCACCUCUCUGAACGGCACAGCGACAACAAACGGCACGGCUUCAGGCACAUCAACCUCUGCGCAACCUACCAAUACAGUCCCAUGCAAUGGCCAUCCCGCACUCUGCAACCGGAAGUUUAGCAAUAUAACCCAUGUUGGGGCUCAUAACAGCCCUUUCAUCCGGCCCGGUAAUCUCGCCGCGAACCAGAUGCUGGACGUCGAGACCCAGCUUAACGACGGCGUUCGAAUGCUACAAUUCCAGACACACCUCCAGAACGGAACAAUGCACCUCUGCCACACAUCGUGUGACCUGCUCGAUGUCGGGACACUAGAAGACUACCUCACCACCGUUGCCAAGUGGCUCCGCGCGCAUCCGUACGACGUUGUCGCCAUUCUCAUGGGCAACUACGAUGUCGUUACGCCGGCGAACUACACCGCCCCCGUAGUCAAUUCGGGCCUCAUUGACUUUGUCUACACGCCUCCUACACAGCCCAUGCCGCUCGACAGCUGGCCGACUCUCGCGGAAAUGAUCUUCCGCAAUCAGCGCGCCGUCGUCAUGCUGGACUACGAGGCAAACCAGACGGCCAUCCCGUGGCUUCUUGACGAAUUCUCGCAAAUGUGGGAGACGCUGUUCUCGCCUACGGAUCGGGAUUUUCCAUGCACGGCACAACGGCCACCGGAUCAGGCACGCAAUGUCCGCCAGCAGAGGAUGUACAUGGCCAACCAUAACUUGAACCUUCAAGUCGCUGUGGCGGGAAUCAGCAUUGACGUGCCAUUCUUUCCAGUCCUCAAUGAGACCAAUGCGGUCGAAGGGUACGGCUCCGCGGGCUGGGCGGUGGCUAACUGCACCACGAUGUGGGAUCGUCCGCCGACAUUCUUGCUUGUGGACUACUACAACAUUGGCAGUUUCAAUGGGAGUGUCUUCCAGGUUGCUGCCGAUGCCAAUGGCGUCAAUUAUGAUCGAGCAAGUUGUUGUGGCACGGCGGGCACGACGAACGGUGGAAUUGCUGUCAAGGAUGUUGCGCGGCUGAAAUGGUAUAUUCUGCUAUGGGCUUCCACCUCUUGGGUAUUACUUUCAUAA